ACGUCGCCGCGGCGCGGACCAAUCGGGCGCCUCUGUGGGCGGGUCUCGCGUCAUGUAUGUGAUUGAAUCGGUCCGGGUUGUAUUAGUUGGACGGGCAGAGGAGCAGGACGAACGGUAACGUCUUUUAACUUGACACACUGACUGUGGCUGCAGCGCGUGACCCGCUCCGGCGCCACCCGUGCCGGGUCCUUCGACCCGCAGCCGCCUGCGCCUCGUCGUGACGACCCUAUCGGCUGCGAUGCUCGAGUCUCGCGCGGCAGCCUCCACACGGAUUCAUGAGACGUUGACUGCGCAGGGAUGCCUCCGCUGAACAUGGAAAAACAGGGCGUCUGUUACAUGGAUGGAGGCUCCUUCCUUUCCGCUCGCAGCACAGGCCACCCACGGGCACAGCGCAGCGCACUGGAUGCACAACUUCGAGCCCGCUCGCGUGCGUCGUUUCCAUGAAGAGCGUUGCGCAGUGCAGUGAAAACGGGACGUCGCGUUGUGGCUCUCGGGUUGUUGAUAAAUACAUCAGCUCGUCAGCUGAUACCGCGCCGGGCAUCAGCUCCCGCUAUAUGGUACGUACACCCCACGCAGCGGCUUGUGGCACUGUCAGCGUACGGGGCUGAGGGCACAGAUGAGAGGCAAACAGUAUCACCACCCGCUGAAGUUAAUAGCGCCCUGGGAGAAGGAUGGUGGCUUCGGGAGGAAGCUCAAAACCUACAGGAAUCAUACCAAGAUAAUAGCACAGCCUGGGAUCGUGAUGAAAGUCCUUCGCCGGAAGAGGAUCGUGUUGAUUAUGGCCUAUUUCCUACUGCUGGUCCUCACUAUGCUGAACCUGGCUAAUUACAAAUGGACCAAAGAGCCACAGCAGUGCAACCACCAGAUGAGGAGCAAUAGUUAUCAGAGCAGAUCUGACAUCCGCUUCCUGUACCGGCCGUCGCUGGCCAAAAAGCGGCAGCUCAUCUACGUCCUGACCACCUGGAGGUCAGGCUCCUCCUUCUUCGGGGAGCUGUUCAACCAGAACCCGGACGUGUUCUUCUUGUAUGAGCCCAUGUGGCACAUCUGGCAGAAACUGUACCCAGGUGACGCUGUCUCCUUGCAAGGCGCAGCCAGGGACAUGCUGAGCUCCUUGUACCGCUGCGACCUGUCCGUUUUUCAACUCUACAACAGCCCCGGUGGCAAGAAUUUUACCUCUCUGGGCCUGUUUGGGGCCACUCUGAACAAGGUGGUGUGCUCUUAUCCCCUGUGCUCAGCCUACAGGAAGGAAGUGGUGGGGAUGGUAGAUGACAAGGUGUGUAAAAAGUGCCCCCCUCAAAGCCUUAGACUAUUAGAGGAGGAGUGCCUCAAAUAUAACACUAUCGUCAUUAAGGGGGUGCGCGUUUUGGACGUUAAUGUGCUGGCCCCCCUCAUGGAGGACCCCUCCUUGGAUUUAAAGGUGAUACACUUGGUCAGAGACCCCCGGGCAGUGGCCAACUCCAGGAUUAAAUCCAGACACGGCCUCAUACGGGAGAAUUUACAGGUAGUUCGCAGCAGGGACCCUAAACUUCGGCGGAUACCGUUCGUGGACCCCGGACACAAGGCCAACAAGAAGGACGGGUCCGACUACCACUCCAUAGGAGCCAUGGAGGUGAUCUGUGACCGCACCUCCAGGACUUUGAGGACCGCCUUAAACCCGCCCAGCUGGCUGAAGGGCAAGUACAUGGCCGUGCGCUACGAGGACCUGGUGGAGAACCCGGUGAGGACCCUGAGGAGCGCGUACCGCUUCGCCAACCUCACCACCAACCACGACAUCGAGUCGUUUGCACUAAACAUGACCAGCGGCUCCAGCUCGUCGUCCAAGCCGUUCAUCGUCUCGUCCAGGAACGCCACGCAGGCGGCGAGCGCGUGGAGGACGGUCCUCAGCAUCCAGCAGAUCAAGCAGGUGGAGGACUACUGUCACCAUUCCAUGUCUGUUCUAGGGUAUGAGAGGGUGAGAACAGCAGGGGAGGCCAAGGACCUGAGCAAAUCACUACUGACACACUCCAAACUGUGAAAGCAUCCACGCCACCAAAGACCUUUUUAAUUUAAUGUUCAUUUUGCAUCGGGUUUCGUUGUACUGUGGAAUCAGAGCUUUACUUUAUAUCAUUGUUUGAGUGACUCCACUGGCAACGUUCGGAAUGUAUCUCGUUUCUCCUGCUGAAUUGAAGGGACAGCUCCUGUGACACUGGAUUACUGGAGGUGUUUGACAAUGCGAGGCCUAUGAAUGACACAAAUCGUGAAUCUGCAACUAUCAAAAAAAAAAAGCCCAACAACAACAACUAUUGUACAAUUCAUGUAUCUUGUUAUGACACUUCAAAGUGGAUGUUUUGAGGUUAUUUUUGAAUGUUCAAAAUCUUACAAAAAUCUGUUUUUUCAGUCUCCAUUGCUGUCUGUAACAGUGAAAAUAGUGGAUGAAAGAUCAACAAAAAAGCAACUGAUUAAAAAAAAACAAGAUCAGC